CGGAACUCUGUAGAUGCAGAUCUUCCAUGGGAUCUUCACUCAGAUGCAGGACGACGCACAAUGGAAAACAUCCGCUUUUUCUUCUUCUUGAACACUUUUCUUUGUUGCACCUCCUCGGCUUCACCGCCGAAUUUCAUCCUCCUUUUUGCAGAUGAUUUAGGUUUUGGGGACUUAGGUUGUUAUGGACAUCCCACUUCACUCACUCCAAACCUGGAUCUCCUGGCAGCGGGAGGACUCCGGUUUACAGAUUUCUACUGCACCAGCCCCGUCUGCACCCCGUCCAGGGCAUCGUUGUUGACGGGGCGCUAUCAGACCCGCUCAGGUGUCUACCCAGGAGUGUUGUACCCAGGCUCUAGAGGCGGUCUUCCUCUGAAUGAGACCACCAUUGCUGAAGUGUUGAAACCUGUGGGCUAUGCUACUGCUGCCGUAGGGAAGUGGCACUUAGGAGUUGGUGCCAAUGGGAAGUUUCUUCCAACCAGGCAGGGGUUUGACCAGUACCUGGGGAUCCCCUACUCCCACGACAUGGGUCCCUGUAGGAACCUGAAUUGUUUCCCUCCAGAUGUUAAGUGUUUUGGAUUGUGUGAUGUUGGCACUGUAACUGUCCCACUCCUGCACAAUGAGGUCAUCAAGCAGCAACCAGUCAACUUCCUCGAUCUGGAAAGGGCUUACAGUGAUUUUUCAACCAAUUUCAUCACCACAUCAGCCAAGAAUAAACAGCCUUUCUUCCUCUACUAUCCGUCCCAUCACACCCACUACCCCCAGUAUGCAGGUCCAGGGGCAGCCGGGCGCACUUUAAGGGGCAAAUUUGGAGAUGCUCUGUUUGAGUUUGACAGCACAAUAGGAAACCUACUGACAACCCUGGAAAAGACAGGAGUGAUCAACAACACAUUGGUCUUCUUCACUUCAGACAAUGGGCCUGAACUGAUGCGCAUGUCCCGUGGAGGUAACGCUGGCCCUCUGAAAUGUGGAAAAGGCACCACUUAUGAGGGGGGAAUGAGAGAGCCAGCCAUCGCCUUCUGGCCGGGGACCAUCAGACCAGGUGUGACUCACGAGAUCGCCAGCACACUAGAUAUCCUCCCCACUAUCGCAAGUCUAGCAGGAGCAAAACUACCCCAGGUGAUGCUGGAUGGGGUCGAUAUGACAGAAAUCCUUGUCAACCAAGGAAAGAGUAAAAGGGACACGAUGAUGUUCUACCCCACAGAUCCCAGUGAGAUGUAUGGCCUGUUUGCUCUCAGGCUAGGGAAGUACAAGGCCCACUUCUAUACACGAGGUGCUACCCACAGUGGUACUACCCCGGACCAAGACUGCCCAGUAUUUGCAGUCCUCAAGGCCCACGACCCCCCUCUUAUUUUUGACCUGGAGGCUGACCCCUCAGAGCACUACCCUCUUCCACUGUUUGGAAAACCUGAUCUCCAAGCCGUGCUGCAGAGGAUCAAGAAAGUCAAGGAGCAGUUUGAAGCCUCCAUGGUGUUUGGAGAGAGCCAGAUAUCAAAAGGAAUAGAUCCGAACCUGGAGCCUUGCUGCAAUCCUCAGUGUAGCCCCAAGCCUGGUUGCUGCAAGUGUUAAUGGAACAAAUUCCCACAACUGGAAAGGAUGGAAGUACUGCACUGAUUUUUGCCUCAAAAUUGUUCUGUGAAAGAUGUGAUGCUGAUUUUGUAAUUAUUUGAUGAUGCAUCACUGUAUCACUUGUUGACAGCUCUAACUUAAUUACCAUUCAUACUGAAAAGUAACAUUGCAAACAAUCAAUUUCCUCAAUGAGGAGAUGCUUUUAUUACUUAAUAUUGAUAAUGACUACCUUUAGAACUAAUGUAUGACAAUGUACUGUAUGCUUUUCCUGACUCUGCAUGUUUUAUUCAUUGAUUUAUUAUUUAAUUCUCACCUCAACAGUCUUUACUAACUAACAUAACAUUAUAAAUACAUGUAUGGAUUUGAUGUAAUUUUUAAAAUGCUUCGCAACCAAUUUCAAUCACACAAACAGUCAAGAGUAGAUCUGAACAAUAAAGACAACAAUAAAGGUUUCAGACAUCAAGCAUAUAUUUUAUUCAUAAGACCAAACCCAUGACAAGGCAGAGUGAUUAUUUUGUCAUUUUUUUCUUUGUUUUUCCCUGGAGUUUUGAUUAAUUUUACAAGUCCUUGUUUUUAAAGAUACAAGAUAGGAUAUGUUUGUUCUGUCACAUACUGUUUUGCUCUAGGUAUACAGUGAAGAAUCUUGUUAAUGUAAUCAAGUCAAAAGUUUGGUUUAACUGUUAGUGUAUGUCUCAGCGGUUAUAUGGGACUAGAUCAUCCUCAGAGGUUGUUUUUGUGUAGCUGUGUGGAAAGAAGGGUUUUAACUAGGCUGUAACAAGAUAGAAAAACAUAAACAGAAGCAAAUAGAUACAGAUCAGAGAUGGGUCACACUGUUGGAGCUCGAAGGCGAUUACUAUAAUCGGCAAGACGCAAUAAUAGUUUUUCAGUGGCAGCUGACUCAGUCACUAUUCAGCGCUAACGGCAGAUUGGUCAGUUGUCAGGUGGGU